AGGUUGACAAUAGAUUCUAGAAGCAGAAAAUAGUGGGAAAGAGGUUGGAAAAAUGAGUUCAACGGAGGAAAUGGCGCGUUGCAUUCGCGACUGGGCAGAAGACGAAAUGCAGUUCGUCUCACAGGGCUAUCUCAGCAGCGCCGCCAUGCCGCCCACUGCGGAACUGCAGCAGAUGUGCAGUGGUUGGAGGAUGCUGGAACUGUGGAGUUUCGUCACAAAGUUCGUCAAGACGGCAGAAACGGUGAAGAAAGUUCGAGGGAACCUCUUCCUUGAUGCCAAGAUGGAAAGCAGAGGAGGUUCCUACAAAGUGCGGUACAAGGGGACAGAAAAAUAUUCAGACGAGGAAGCAAGCCUACAAGAUCACUACGAGAGGCUACAGUCUCAGAUAGCGCAAGCAAGGAGAGACGCCGGUACAUUGCAGACUGAAAUAAACAGGCUGGAGAAAGAAAUGUCAGAAGCAGAACUUAUUCAGACCCAGAGUUGCACGCAAACGAAGGAGCUUACCCACGGUAGAGCCUUACUUCAUGGCUACUCCAAACAGUGUGAGGCCCAAAGUGCACAGUAUAAAGAGUACACCACUCGGGUCCAACAGCUUAUCGCACAGUUUCAGAAGGUUUUGAGUCGCCCGAUUGAUGAUAAGCCUGCAUACAGCCAAGAAACGGGAGACGGGGACGGGAGGGGAGCUGUCGAGUCCGCAUGCACGCAUGACGUUCGUCUAUGUACAAAAGAGCUUCAGGGGUUUCUGACAGGCAUUCUGCAGGGGCAGUUUGGGGCUGACAAGGCCCAGCUGUCGCGGCGGAAAGAGCAACUGUGGACUAUCGUAGAGAACGUUACGCGCAAGCAUCCUGUAAACCAUGUUCUACACUCGCUUGGGACGAUCGCCCAAGACGCGACGUUCCACCUGAGAGACGUGACAACGAGAGUGGACGUUAAAAACGAAGUGGAGCGACUCAGCUUUGACUAUGUGGGGCCAGGUCAGUUCCGCGACGUUUCGAGCGGCUCGAGCACCGUGAAAGGUGUCCAACAGCUUCUCCAGGAGGCACAGGUCUCCCACUUCCACCAGUUCAUCCGGACAGAGCAGAGUCUGAACACCGUCUGGCAGGAGCGACAGGCUUUGGACGAAGGCAGGGCCAGACUGGAGAAGAUCUUGGCAGGGAAGAUGCUACAGGUCGGAGUCGUAGAGCUGACGAAAUCCCUCCUGGGAGUGGAGCUGGAGUUAGCGGGGGCUCAGGCUGCGCUGCAGUGCCUACAGGAGUCGGCAGGGGAGCUGGAAACAUCCGCACGCAGAAGAAGUACAGAGAGGAAAGCUCUGGAGGAGAAGCAUGGACGCAUUCAGGACUUCCAGAUGACAGUAGAACGGAAGCAGGACCUGAUCAGGGUGCUGACGAAGCAGAACUCCGACUCGAAGCCGCGACUGGUGACGCUCCAGAGGGAGUGGCAGCAGUUCAUGCAACAGCAGCUCUGUGUCCAUGAGUCACAGGUCCAAGCCAACACACAGCAGCUGAAGGGAGCAGUGAAACAGGAGGUGGAGUCCCUCAUACCUCUGAGACUCUCCGCCCUGAAGCCAGCCCUCCUGGACCAACCAGGCGCGGCGCAGGUCCGGGAUCUGUCGCUGUACGCGGUAGACCAGGAGACGGGCGCUACGGAGGGCACCAGCCUCAGGAGGGUGGCAGAAGAUGUCCACUGUAAACCGUUCAAGGCAGCAGAGUGUUUACUACCGCAGGUUAUCCAAAUGAAGGUGGACAUUGCUGCCAUGGCAACCCUGCUGAAGUCACAUGACCAGCUGAUGGAGGAGCUGCAGCGGGUCAGGCAGGCUGGGGGGCUGCAGAGGGCAGCCGCCCUAUGCGGAGAGGUAGCGAAGGCCGACAGGUCGAUGUUGGAGCGACUCCUGCCCCAGCUGGAGGCCAGAAUGGACAAGACUCAGCAGGUCAUGGGUCGAGCCCUCAGGGUCAGGGACUUCAAGGACGCCUGGUGAGUCUUUUC